CGAAAACCCACGAGAGAAGAAGCCAUAAUGUCAAUACUGUGGUUCUUGAAACAGGAUCUGAGAUACCAGAGAAAGAUUUUCAUUCUCUCAUUGCUCUGCAUCUCCAUUGUUGCUUCCACUGUUUUAGUCUUCGAUAGACUUAAAAAUCUUACUCCUUCUGCUGCACACAAUGUACUUAUUGAGGAUUUAUCGAGUAUUAAAUACAGGUCCGAAGCUCUGAAAGUGAACUUGAUCCCACAGGAAAACAGCCAUGGAUUGAAAGAGCCGGCGCUAGUUGUUUACAAAGAUGGGGAAUUUGGUUCUGUAGUUAGUGAGGAUUCUUCAGAUGAGAAUUUGAAGCUCGAGGACAGUGAUACCAGUCUUUGGGGAGGAGAUGGAUCUGAUCUCGAUGACCAGAAUGAAAAUCAACGGAGUUCAACCUCAAUCACUUCUGAAGAAAAGUGGAAGCAGGAGAAGUCCACCCAAACCACUGAACAACGGGCAAAACCUUCCAAGAUUCAGAGAGUAACUGACAAGAAGAUAAGAGAAGUGAAAGAUCAAGUCAUCAGGGCUGUGGCUUAUCUGAAUUUUGCAUCUCCAAACAGCAAUCCCCAUAUAGUGAAAGAGUUGAAAUUGCGGAUAAGAGAGGUAGAACGAACAGUGGGUGAAGCCACCAAAGAUUCUGAUUUAUCUUGGAGAGCUUUGCAGAAAAUGAGAUCCAUGGAGACUUCUUUAUCCAAAGCCAGUCAUUUUUGCACCGACUGCUAUGCCAUGUCAACAAAGCUCCGUGCUAUGACGAAUAAUAGAGAGGAACAGGCUACGAGGCACAGGGACCAGGCAACAUAUCUUGUUCAUCUGGCUGCCAGGACUACUCCAAAGGGUCUUCACUGCCUCUCUAUGCAGCUCACUGCUGAUUAUUUUGCCCUACAGCCUGAGGAGAGGGAGCUCUCUAACAGGCAUGAAAAAUUGCAUGACCCAGAUCUCUAUCAUUUUGCUAUUUUCACUGACAAUGUCCUCGCGUGUGCAGUUGUGGUUAACUCCACUGUAGCAUCAUCCAUGGAACCGAAAAAAAUUUCUUUUCAUGUGGUGACCGAUUUCCUCAAUCUCCCAGCAAUAACAAUGUGGUUCUUGUUGAACCCUCCUGGUGAAGCCUCUAUCGAGAUUCAGAGCAUGGACAAUUUUGAACGGAUGUCCUCCAAGUACAAUUCGGCAUUGGAAAAACAAUACUUUCAGUCUCAGGACCCGAGAUAUGCUUCAGUGCUGAACCAUCUCCGUUUCUAUCUGCCAGAGAUCUUCCCUGAAUUAAAAAAGAUUGUGCUUCUUGACCAUGAUGUGGUUGUGCAGAGGGACCUAAGAGGAUUGUGGAAGAUUGAUAUGAAGGGGAAAGUAAAUGCAGCAGUGGAGACUUGUGGUGAAGGUAGCCCAUCACUCCGGUGGAUGAAUCAGCUUAUUAACUUUUCAGAUCCAACCAUUACAAAGAAGUUUAAUGCCACAGCAUGCACAUGGGCAUUUGGUAUGAAUGUUUUUGAUCUGCAAGAGUGGAGGAGAAAAGACCUGACUGCUGUCUACCACAACUACUUACAAUUGGGCAACAGGAGACAAUUGUGGAAGAUGGGUAGUUUGCCUUUGGGUCUGGUCACCUUCUACAAUAGAACCGUGGCUAUAGACCCAAGAUGGCAUAUCCUUGGGCUUGGCCAUGACUCGGGUGUGAGGAGGAGUGAGAUUGAAAGGGCAGCAGUGAUCCACUAUGAUGGAACCAUGAAGCCAUGGUUGGAUAUUGCAAUUGCAGCGUAUAAGGACUACUGGAACAAGUAUCUCAAUUAUGAUAACUCUUACUUGCAACACUGCAACAUCCAUGAGUAGUUCUCAUGUUAUAUCUGAUCAGACUAAAUGGGCAUUUUGGAAAAUUGUAUAUAUAUUUUUUUCUUUUUACAAUUUUGUUUUCUACUUUUAGCUUUGAAGGUGAGGAAAAGGAUUAGGACAUAAAUGGAACUUGUGGUUUUAAGAUGGAUGAUCUGACACGUGGAGCAUGUUGGUUGGUCAUGUGAAGAUAAAAGAUAUGGAAAUGAGUGGUCUUGUAUCU